AUGUUGGAUUACAUCAUCACUUUUCAGUUUCUGAGCCUGGUGCCUAGGCGUCUGACCCUGAAUGACAAUGACCAAGGGGCCAUCAACUUUGAAUGGUUUUCCUCUAUGAGCACAAAUGUUUUACUAAAAAAGCGAGAUGAGGCUAAAGGCAGCUGGUUCUCCCAGUUUAUCUCCAGGGAAACAAGACUAAGACUAUUAAAGCCAGUCAUUAGGGCUGAGAGUAAAAAGGAAACUGCUAAGGACAUUGUAGAUUUUUUCAGUAACAUUCAGAAGCAGCAGCCCGUGCCGCCUCCUCCCCCUCCGCUGUCUGGGUCUGCUAACGAACCUCACCAGGCAGUGCCAGCUUCACCACCGCAUGUAUCAACUACACAAAUUGUUCUUUCUUCUCCUAUGAGAGAAUCUUCCUCUUCACCACAAAGGGGUGAUUCUGAUCUUCCCAGUAGCUCUCCCGACUCUGGUCCUUCUGAGGAGGGUACCUGUUACUUUACUAGAAGCCUAGCCCAGACGCUCCAGGCUCCCUUAAAAGAACUGCCCGGGACUGCAGGACAGUUGGUUACAGUGCAUGCCCCAUGGUCACCAGGAGAUCUGAGAAACUUGGUAAAGGAAUUUCCUAAUGUUAGGGAGGAGCCAGAAAAAUUUAGAGAUGAACUCCGGACAGUGGUUCAGUGUUAUAAUCCAUCUUGGGCAGACAUUAAUCAACUCUUGCAGAUGGUUAUGCCAGCCGAAGUUCGACAACAGCUUACCAGUCAGGCAGCUUGGCCAGAUGCCGACCCUGGAAUUGACCGUGAUUUAAGAGAGGCUAGGGACCGUCUCUUAAAUUCUAUAACGGAAGUCUGCCCUAAGAAGACAGAUUGGACAAAGAUUACCUACUGUAAACAGAAUAAAGGAGAGUCCCCUGCUGAUUAUCUAGAUAGACUGACUAAGGUUUUUGAACAACAUUCGGGAAUUGCUCAGCCAGCUGAAAAUGCCAGAGAGGCAGUAGGGGCUGCUUUUGUUCAGGGACUCUUACCAAAGAUUCAGCAGCAGUUAAGAACUAUCUGUAUUGGCUGGCAAACUAAACCCCUUUCUGAAUUGAGGAGCCAGCUAAAUUACCAACAACUCUUAGCCCUGACCUUGUGCAUUUGUUGUCACAAGUUCCCCCCCCAUCUCUGGUCUCAGCAUGCCAAUGAAGUGGGACAGAUUCGGACAGCUGAACCGGUUAAGAUUUUUGUUGAUCCUUCUAAAGCUUUGCCAAGGGUUCCACAAUACCCUCUGCGUCCUGAGGCAGAGGAAGGUAUAGCCCCAGUAAUGGAGUCUUUAUUACAGCAGGGUAUUAUUGUUGCCACCACCAGUUCUUGUAAUACUCCUAUCUUUCCUGUAAAGAAGCCAGGAAAGAACACCUAUCGGUUUGUUCAAGAUCUCCGCGCGAAUGCUGUUGUUUUGCCUUCUUUUCCUGUGGUUCCAAAUCCAGCUACAAUUCUUUCUUGUAUUCCCCCUUCAGCCACCCACUUUACUGUUGUGGACCUUUGUUCAGCUUUCUUUUCUAUCCCCAUUCACCCUGAUAGUCAGUAUCUGUUUGCCUUUACCUAUAAAGGACGCCAGUACACCUGGACCCGGUUACCCCAAGGGUAUACUGAGUCCCCAUCGUUGUUUUCCCAGAUCUUGAAAAAGGAUCUGGAUGAUGUGUUUUUUCCAAGUAAAUCAGUGCUUAUACAGUAUGUGGAUGAUCUUUUGCUGGCAUCCCUUUCUUUUGAAUCUUGUAAAGCUGAUACUUUGAUUCUUUUGACUGCUUUAGCUGCUAAGGGUCAUAAGGCAUCCCAGGAAAAACUACAGCUGUGUCAGCCCAGGGUUCAUUACCUUGGUCAUGAUAUUUCUUUAUCAGAUUCUCGUAUUUCUGCUGUUUUAAAUAUGCCUAGGCCUGGUACUAUUUCUCAAAUGCGUACUUUUCUUGGCAUGACUGGGUAGUGUAGACAGUGGAUUUUAGCCUAUGCAACAAUGAUUAAACCUUUACAGGAUCUGACUAAGUCAGAUACUCCUGAGCCUCUUCCUUGGUCUCCAGAGGCUGAACGAGCUUUUGUUGCUAUCAAGCAAAGCCUGUCCAGUGCACCGGCCCUGGGACUUCCUGAUUAUGCUAAACCAUUUACUCUUUUCUGUCAUCAGCGUAAUGGGUAUGCUUUGGCAGUAUUAACGCAAAAGCACGGAGAUAAACACCAUCCCAUUGCUUAUUACAGUACGGCCCUAGACGCUGUGGCAGCUGGAUUUCCCCCUUGCCUGCGUGCUGUGGCUGCAGCGGCCCUUGCUGUUCAAGUAUCCGAAUCCAUUAUCUUAGGAUCUCCUUUGAUUGUUGCUGUCCCUCAUGCUGUGGCUGCACUCUUGUUAAAAUCUAAGACACAGCAUCUAUCCACUUCUCGUCUUACAAAAUAUGAGCUUGUCUUCUUGUCUUCGUCUCAUAUUACUUUGGCUCGUUGCCCCGUUCUAAAUCCUGCCUCCUUGUUGCCUGGGCCAGAGGAUGGAGAAUCACAUGACUGUGUGUCUGUGACGUCGGUCCUCUCCCGUCCAAGAGAUGAUUUGCUAGAUGUGCCUUUGCAAAAUCCUGAUCUUAUUUACUUUGUGGAUGGUUCGUGCUUGCGAGAUUCUAAGGGUAAAUUGGCUGCUGGUUAUGCUGUGUGCUCUGCCUAUGCUGUUAUUGAAAGUGCUUUUCUUCCUUCCGUGUUUUCUUCUCAAGUGGCCGAACUUGUGGCUUUAACUCGAGCCUGCAUUCUAGCUCAGGAUCAAGCAGUUACAAUUUAUACAGACUCUCGUUAUGCUUUUGGAGUGGUACAUGAUUAUGGUUUGCUCUGGAAGUAUAGAGGUUUCCUUACAUCCACUGGUUCUCCUAUUAAGAAUAGUCUGUAUGUAUCUGCUCUUCUGGAUGCCCUUGUAUUGCCCAAAGCUAUAGCUGUUGUUAAAUGCACAGCUCACCAGACCCCUCAUGAUGAAGUUACCCGUGGAAAUGCUUUGGCAGACUCUGCAGCCAAAGCAGCAGCCCUUUCUGCCCCUCAGGCUGAAUAUACUUGUGCUUUGAUUGAGCAGCCUCCACUAGCCUCCCUUGAGGAUCUGGCCAAGAUCCAAGAAGCAGCACCAGCAGCUGAGAAACGUUUUUGGAGUGCUAAGGGCUGUAUGCUACACCCUGACCAUCUUUGGCGUGCCCCAGCUGGUCGCCUGGUUGCACCAAAGAUGCUAAUGCCUUAUCUUGCUCGUGUAUACCACGGAAUGGCACACGUACGCAAAGGGGGGAUGGUUGCUGCAGUUAACCGAGAUUGGUGUGCGUUCGGUUUCCCAGUCAUUGCACAUCACUACUGUCAACAAUGUGUGAUUUGUCAACAGCAUAACAUUGGUAAAGCUGUUAAAGUUAGGCAGGCAGCUCCCCCUCCCCCUUGGGGACCUUUUGUAAAUAUUCAGAUUGAUUUUAUUCAACUGUCUAAAUGUUGUGGUUAUGAAUAUGUAUUGGUUUUAGUGGAUGUAUUUUCAAAUUGGGUUGAAGGUUUUCCCUGCAGGAAAGCAGAUGCCAGGACUGUUGUGAAACUUCUGCUUAAAGAUUUUGUACCACGAUUUGGCAUCCCUGUGAGUAUCAACAGUGACCGUGGAACUCAUUUUACUGGACAGAUUGUAAAAGAGUUAUGUGCAGCUUUGCAGACUCAACACAACCUUCACUGUCCCCACCAUCCGCAGUCUGCUGGGACAGUGGAAUGCCAGAAUGGAAUUCUGAAAAAUAAACUGGCCAAGAUUUGUGCUGAAACAAGCUUGAAGUGGCCAGAUGCCCUUCCUCUGGCACUAAUGAGUAUGAGGGCCACUCCCAAUCGAAAGACUGGACUCAGCCCUCAUGAGAUUCUGACAGGGCGCCCGAUGAGACUACCAACUGCGCCCCCACUGACCCUAGCUCAGAUGGACAUUCAUUUAAUGGAUGACGCACUGCUUAAGUAUUGUUAGACACUAAUGAAA